AUGUCUUCUCCGCCGGCCCUCGAUUUCCCCUCGUCUGAUAUGGACGAUGUUCAAAUGGGUGAUGCUCAGCAAGGGCAAGGUGCUGCCCCCACUCCUGCAGAGGGGCUUUUCUUGCCCGGAACCCCAUCAACCAGCAUGGGCACCCCCGCCAGAACACCCAUGUCUGGAUUCGCCGCGAGAAGGGCACUUGGAAUGACCACUCCAAAGUCAAAGAGGACCCCAUUAUUCGCACCUGGAACAUCCUCUCCCCUAGCUUAUCCUAGCUCAUCACCAUCAAAGACACCAAGACGCGCCGCAAACUAUGGCCCUAUCGACUCCGAUCCCCUUGAUUUCCCUUCGAGUCCCAUGAGGGCGCCCGCUCCAAGGAACCUGCGCGGUGAUAUCCACGCUUCUCUGAGCUUCACCCCGACGUCCAGCUCGCGCCGCCCGAUCCGCGCGCCUCCCCUGGACCCCAUGAUGAGUGACAACCCCCCCUCAGACGGCACUAUGCUCGGGCUCCCCACAUCCUCGGGCCUCCCUCCCCUCUCCGCUCCCGGCGCCCCGACCGACGAGCCCGACGAGAUCCGUGCGAUCUGGGGGACGACAGUGAACCUCUCUGAGACGAUGAAGCUGUUCCGGGACUUCCUGAAGGGGUUCAAGCCCAAGUACCGGCUUGCGCACGACCGCGAGCAGGGGCAGCGCACACGGGCGCUGGCAUCGCCAGAGGAGGGGGAGAUUAUCUUGUACGAGAUGUACCUGCGGCGGAUGCGGCAGACGGGGGAGUCGAAUCUGAAUCUAGACGUGACGAACCUGCUGGCGUACCCGCCGUGCAGGAAGCUGCAUAACCAGCUGGUGAAGUAUCCGCAGGAAGUGGUGCCGGCUAUGGAUCAAGUGCUGAAGGAUCUGAUGCUGGAGCUUGCGGACGAAGACCAGCGGGCGGGCGUAGAGGAGAUGCAAGGCGACCACGGCGACGAAGAAAUCUCGGAAAUCAUGACUAGGGUAUACAAAGUCAGACCCUUUGGCCUCAAACCCGUGAACAUGCGGGAUCUCAACCCCUCUGACACGGACAAGCUCGUGUGCAUCAAAGGGCUCGUGAUCCGCACGACGCCCAUCAUCCCGGACAUGAAAGUCGCGUUCUUCCGGUGCAUGUCGUGCCACCACACUAUCCAAGCGGAGAUCGACCGCGGCAAGAUCACCGAGCCUGCACGCUGCCCGCGCGACGUCUGCGGCGCCGUCUCCUCGCUCUCCCUCAUCCACAACCGGUGCACGUUCGCCGACCGACAGCUCAUCCGGCUGCAGGAAACGCCCGACGCGGUGCCGGACGGGCAGACGCCCCAUACCGUGUCGCUCGGUGUGUACGACGAGCUAGUGGAUGUGUCGAAGCCCGGCGAUCGGGUGAUGGUGUCGGGCAUCUUCCGCAGCGUGCCUGUGCGCGUGAAUCCUCGACAGAGGGUGAUGAAGAGCCUGUUCCGCACGUAUAUUGAUGUUGUGCAUAUCAAGCUGAGUGAUAGCGACACGAGGUUAGGCUACGAUCGGAGCACGCGCCCCAUAGGUGGUGACCGUGUCCCUGGUGUCGGUGGACACCAGACGCGUCGGGCUGAACUGGAAGCCAAGCUGAGAACAAUGAGCCAGCGGGACGACAUUUACGAGAUACUCUCGCGAUCCCUUGCUCCCAGUAUUUGGGAGAUGGAUGACGUGAAGAAGGGCAUCCUGCUGCAGUUGUUUGGUGGGACGAAUAAGAGCAUCAAACGCGGUGGAGGCGGUGGUGGCCCGCGCUAUCGAGGCGACAUUAACGUCUUACUCGUUGGCGACCCUGGUACAAGUAAGAGUCAGAUCCUCCAGUACGUCCACAAGAUCGCGCCUAGAGGUGUCUAUACAUCAGGGAAAGGGUCCUCAGCUGUCGGUCUCACUGCGUAUGUCACGCGAGACCCGGAUUCGAAGCAAUUGGUUCUCGAAAGUGGUGCCCUCGUACUGAGCGACGGUGGUGUAUGCUGCAUCGAUGAAUUCGACAAAAUGUCCGACGCUACACGAAGUGUCCUCCACGAAGUAAUGGAACAACAAACCGUCUCCAUCGCAAAAGCCGGUAUCAUCACCACCCUCAAUGCCCGCACAUCCAUUCUCGCUGCAGCUAACCCCGUGGGCUCGAAGUACGACACAGAGCUCCCCAUCACCCGCAACAUCGACCUCCCUCCGACUCUCAUCUCGCGGUUCGAUUUGCUGUAUCUCGUGCUGGAUCAGAUCGACGAAGUGUUGGACCGUAAGCUCGCGCAGCAUCUUGUGGGGUUGUACCUCGAGGACACGCCUAUGAACACUGGCAAUGAUAUUCUACCUAUUCACGAACUCUCCGCCUACAUCGACUACGCUCGCAACAAGGUCCAUCCCGUCAUCACCGAAGCCGCAGGCAACGAGCUCGUCUCCUCCUACGUCGAGAUGCGCAACAUGGGCGACGACCCCCGCGCGUCCGAGAAGCGCAUCACCGCGACGACGCGGCAGCUCGAGAGCAUGAUCCGUCUCUCCGAGGGGCACGCGCGCAUGCGCAUGUCCGAGUUCGUGGAGGUCGCUGACGUACGGGAGGCGUACCGCCUGAUGCGCGAGGCGAUACGCACGAGCGCGAUGGACCCCCGCACGGGGAAGAUCGACAUGAGCAUGCUGAAUACGGGCACGGGGCAGGGGCAGCGGAAGCUGCGGGACGAUAUGCGGAAGGAGGUCGUCGCGAUGCUGGACAGGGCCGGGGCGAGUGGCAAGAGGGGCAUCAGGUGGACGGACGUUGUGAAGCAGUUGAGCGAGCAGAGCAGUAUGAAAGUCGACACGGCGGACUUCAACGAGGUAAUCAAGACGUUGGAGAAUGAAGGCAUUGUUAAGGUUAUGGGCGAGAGGGAGAAGAGGAUGAUACGGAGAAUCGAAGGUUGA